AUGUCUUUAGACCUGGAAAAGCAUUUGACCUUUUAUGGUGCCUACCACCAUAAUACCGUCAACAUCGGCAUUCACAUGGCAUGUGUGCCCAUCAUCUUGUUUUCCGGAUUUUGCCUUGCCACCAACACAGGAACUCUCAUUCCACUCCCUGGCUGGCUCACCGUCCCUAAUCUAGAUCUCAACUUGGGGACACUGGCAGCCCUGACUUGGGGUGGUCUUUAUGUUCUUCUCGAACCUGUGGCCGGCACACUGCUGGCCGUCAUUUGCUUGGCCGCCACUGCCGCUGGCAACCACUUCAGGGUUGAGAACCCUACCUUGACGAACCAGGCGGCCGUCGGCAUCCACAUUGCCUGCUGGAUCUUCCAGUUCAUCGGACACGGCGCCUUCGAGGGACGCGCGCCGGCUCUGUUGGAUAAUCUGGUUCAGGCUGUCUUCCUGGCCCCCCUCUUUGUUUGGCUUGAAUUCCUUUUCAAGCUUGGGUACCGCCAGGAGCUCAAGGGCCGCGUUGACAAGGCCGUCGAGAAGGAGAUUGCCAAGUUCAGAGCCUCCAAGGCAAACGGUGACGCCAAGAACGGAAAGGCUCAAUAA